GACGCCGGAAAUACGUGCAACUUGAGCGGUGAUCAGCUUACCGCGUGCAUCUGCCGCUUUGCUUUAUCACUGUUUACGACAGUUUGUUUGUUUGUUUGUUUAAUAUUGUUUGUAAACAUGUCGGAGUCCGAAGAGGAGCAGAAAGAGAAGAAGAAAAAGAAAAAGAAGAGCAAACGGAGCCUGAAGAAGAAGAAAGACAAGAGGGAAGAGGAAGAAGAGGAGGAGGAGGAAGAGGAGGAAGACAGUGAGAGUGUUGUUCUACGUGGGAUCUUCAAACUGGGGAAGAAGAGUCAUGACGUCCUGCUCACCAGAACCAGACUGACCUGGACCCCCAUCACCCCAGAGGACCCCACAGCCGAGGUCAGCGCCCUUCAGCCCGGCGUCUUGCUGCUAAAGGACGUGUUUGCCGUGAAGGUGAAGCGGCGGCGGGCGGCAGGUCAGCAGUCCGGGGGUCCGGUUCUGGGCCUGGCUCUGUUCUGCUCCAGGAGGAAGGGGAGGAGGCUGGAGGAGGAAACCCUGCACCUGCACAACGCCUCAGCAGAACACACCCACAUCUGGUACAACAGGCUGAAGGAGAUACUCACAGCGUUCCACGUCCGUCCCCGGUUCCUGAAGGUGUUCAUCAACCCCAGCAGCCACAGGAAGGAGGCGGUCCACAUCUACAGAGACCACGUGGCGCCGCUCUUCAAGAUGGCCGACAUCCACACUGACAUCACAGUGACGGAGAGGAAGGGUCAUUCUCUCUCUGUGAUGAAGGAAUGUAAACUGGAUGAAUACGACGGUGUGGUGUGCGUGGGUGGUGACGGUUCGGUGGCCGAGCUGUGCCAUGCUCUGGUCCUCAAGGCUCAGUUGGACGCCGGAUCCCCAGAGAAACCAGUGAGACCAGUGAAACCACUGGGCAUCAUCCCUGCUGGUUCUACAGAUGUGGUUUCCUGUUCUGUUCAUGGAGUCAGAGAUCCGGUCACUGCAGCUCUACACAUCGUUCUAGGUCACCUGCAGCAGGUCGACAUGUGCAGCUUCUCGUCUCUCGGCCAGCUGAUUCGCUUCGGCUUCUCCGCCAUGUUCGGCUUUGGUGGGCGGAGCCUGGCGCGGGCCGAGAAGAAGAGAUGGAUGUCAUCGUCACGGCGACGGGAGUACGCGUUGGUGAAGACGCUGGCCAGACUCAGACCUGAAGACUGUCAACUGUCUUAUCUACCUGCGAAGAAGUCAAAUAGGAAUCCGUUUGAAAACAGGAAAGAGGAUGACGACACAGACUCAGAUGAUGCAGAGGGGGAGGAGUCCUGGACGACCAAUCAGGGCCUGUACCUGAGCAUCAGCGUCAUGUCCAUCCCAUGUCUGAGUCCACACACUCCCCACGGUCUGGCUCCCAACACCAGACUGGCCAAUGGCAGCGCAGCGCUGACUGCGGUCAGGAACACGUCAAGGACAGAGUUCAUCAAACACCUGAAAAGAUACAGUGGCUCCAGUGGACAGUUCAGCUUCUCCUUCGUGGAGACACACACUGUGUCAUCGGUGAGGAUCCGCCCCCGCUCUGUGAUUGGCUGGUCUGGGGAGGAGAGCGAGGAUGAGGAGGAGGAAGAAGGAGGAGGAGGAGGAGCUGACGCCAAAGAGACGCCGAUCAUCCAAUCAGAGGGAGCCGCCUUUCCCUGGAACAUUGACGGAGAACUAGUGGAGAUUGCAAAUGAAGUGCUCAUCAGGGUCCAUCCGAGACUCAUCACUUUGUAUGGCGAGGACGUGGACGAGGCCGAGUCGAGCGUCUCCUGCAGCUGCAUCUGAGUCCUGCAGAGGGUGUGUUUGUGUGGAUCAGCAUCACCACGGUAACCACUACGUCUCAUCAGUGACCUGUGGAAACGGUUUCUAUGGCAACAACAAACAAAGCGCUAUAGAGUAGCAGCAGAGCUCUGUGGCUUAUUGAUUACAUUAAAGCUGAAAUGAUCAAUAUCUGGAUCAGUUUAUUGGUCAGUGCAGCUUUAAUGACCUUAAACUUCCUGUGCUUUAUUUUAGAAAACGACAAAAAAUGUAAUGUUUACACUUUAAUCAUCUGCUUUUAUAAGUGAAAUCAACUUUAAAAUAUUUUUAUUCCAUUUCAUCUGUACUCCAGCUCAGUGACUGUUUGUUAUUUUAAUAAUUCACUGCCGAUGGUGAAAACCUUUAAAACCAAAGAGGAAAAAUACUUAAAUGUCCCGACUUUGACUUCAGAUAAGAGUGAAGAACACCUGCUGGUUCCUAAAGUGCACUGUUUUUCUAUGAUAUAAUGUUAAAUGUACAACUGAUCUGUUUGUAGAUGCUCUUUUUUUAAUGUGAAAACUGAAAUACUGAUGUUAAAAUGAUGAGAAAAUCCAGUUUAAUUAAAUAAGAAAUCCUUUAUUUUCAGACAUUGAUAAAAGCAGUGAGACUCCAGUGCAUAAACAAAACCAACUGAUUUAUUAAAAUAUU